UGUCUGCAUGUCUGUCAUCGAUGAUCGGUAUACUUGCCCUCUGUCGGAUCCACCCAUCCAUCUGUCUACUUGCCCCCCGCCCUUGUCUGUGUCUGUCUGAGUGUUUUGUACCGCUUGACGGCCUGCUUGGCGGCAUAGCACUCACGGGCGAUGUACUUGUCGUAUAGCUCACCCGGGUAGUCAUUGGCCUCAUUACUGAUGGCACGACAGACAGACAGAGACACAUGCGUGGAUGGAUGGAUGGAUGGAUGGGUGCCUCUCUUUCGUCUGUGUGUGUGUGUGUGUCUUCAGUGGGUACGCGAAUGGGUCAGAGAGUUCCUGCGCGAGAGUGAGUAUGCCGUUGUAGAGGAAGGGGAUCACAAACACCAGCACCAGCUCAAGGGCAAACAGCUCCCAGUGGCCCUGCUGUGACAGGUACCUCGUUAUCCGCAUCGAGACCGCCAAUGCGAAGACGAUGUUAUUCACCUUCACCUAAAUACCGACACGCACACACGCACAUACCUGUGAGCAUAACCGUGUCCAUAUGUCUCUCUCUCUCUCUCUCUCUUACUAGGAAGGCCAUCAUGUGGACGUAUGCGAAAGGCAGAGGGGCGGCGAGCUGACGCAGAAUGAACGCGGCACCGUCCCGGCCAUCAGACGCCGUCUGCAUGCAAUACAUUCAUGUGCAUGUGUGUCGUGUGAGUCACAUGAACAUUGCCUGCCUCGUAGAGGAACGUGGUGCCGCUGAGCCCGGUCAGUCGGCCCUUCUGGUCGAGCUCGCCGAUGAGAGCCACCACCCACGCCCACACGCAACACGGCACGCGAUAACAGACAUCGUCCAGCAGAAAGCCUGACCACACACACGGACAGGAAGAAGACACACCCGCACACACAAAGAAGAAAGAGAGAGAGCCGUCUGUCUGGAAAUAGGGAGGUCUUUAUGCGCAGUCACGGCUGUCUGUGUGUCUGGUGUGUGUGUGUGUACGGUAUUCUGCCUCGGUGAGCAGGCCUCGCUUGACAAGGUCGUGGAACUGUCGGUCGCUACGCCGCACGAAAAUGGACGCGAGAGACACUCGUCCGUAUCGCACUAUCCUGCACACACAAACACACAGGAAGAGAGGAUGAGAGACAGAGAUUGUGAAUGGAUAUGUAGAGGUGUGUGUGUACGUGUCAAUGGUGCGUUCGUCUUCAUAGGUGAGGUUGCCGUCGGUGUAUGUGUGUAUGUGCGACAGCAGCAGAAAGUUCAGCUUCGUGGUCGCAUCGAAGAUCUUCCCAAUGCCCUCCACUCGCAACUCUUUCCUGCACCCGGACACAUCGAACAAUCAUCUGCGUGUCUCGCUCUCCUUCCUCAAGCCUCAAGCCUCACCAUUUGUCAAUGACGCCUGAGGUAUACAAACCAACGAGAAAUCCGCUCAGUGCGCUCAGCCAAGUGGCCAAAUUCUGAUGAUCGAUGCCCACACACACACACAUUGCACAUGAAAGGUGAACCAAUGGAUGGUUGCAGCUGACCUGGACGGCGGUGGAUUUCUUUUCGACGGCGACCCAUUCGUCAGGUAUGGCGAGGUAGAUGCCCACCACUGCAGCAACCAACAGGUAGUAGAACAGGGCCUCAAUCCUGCGGACACACACAGAGACGUACGGUCCGACAGACAGACAGACAGACAGACAGACAGAGCAAAAGAGGGAGAGAAAUAAAAAGCAGUAUCGAAGACAGACACAAAAUCGACAGUGACAUAGAGCGAGAGAGGCAGCACCCGCCCACGCCUCCGUACCAAAUCUGUUUGUACAUCAGCACGCUGCCCCUCAGCUUGAGCACUCCAGCGAGCGAGUUCAGUUCUCUCAGGUUGUAGGGGCGGUGCUCGUCCACAAUGUCUAUCCACUCGCGCCGGUCCUCCCUAACAUCCACCUCUACCACACCCUGCACACAUUUACAGACACACACGCAGUCACACACACGGACAGACAGACAGACAGACAGACAGACAGACAAAUUUAAACAGACACACAGGCACACACAGACAAGCAAACAGAGCAAACAGACAGACAGACAGACAAGCAAACAGACAGACAAAGAGAGAGACGUCCUCACACGAGAGAGACCCCACACACAAUCGGAUUGCCACACACAUGCUUGCCUUGUGUCUUUCGUCCACAUAUCCAUCGUCGCCGCUCUGCUUUGAGCCCCAGAAGGGGAGCUGCCAGGCCGACUCCUGCUGAGCCACAAAACCCACGAGAGGUACCUGGCUCUCCUCGUCACGAUCAACACCGCCAGCGGUAGCCAUGAUGAAAGCCGAUGGACAGAACGUUGCACAGAACUCUUU